GAAUGGGCCAACUAUCCCCAGGGUGGACACAGGGCUGGGAACAUCUCCUGCUUCCAUCAGCCAGAGUGCAAAGACUUCCUAGUACAGGGAACAGUGAGUAGAGUCCUUAUAAGGAUGGUCCCUUGGUAGUGAGAUGACAUUACCCUAGACUACAAAGUCUGCUCCAUCCAUGCUACCGAAGUUGAAAAACAAGCCCCAAACAAAUCAAACAGAUUCCAAGUAAUUCAACUAUGUCCUACAACAAAGCCCAGCCAUAUAUGUAGGGCUUAACAAAUCCAGUACCCAUGAUGUAGAACUUAGAAUGUUCUGAAUCCAGCCAAAAGCCAUCAGGCAUACAAAGAAAUAGGAAAAUAGGACCCAUAAGCAGUAGAAAAGAUAAUCAUGAAACAAGGCCCAGAAAUGACACAAAUGACAGAAUUAGCAGAGAAGGAAGCUUAAACACCUAUCAUAUAUAAACCACAUAAGCUCAGGAAGAUAGGAGAAAAGAUGAACAUGAUGAGGAAGGAAAUGAAAGAUAUCAAAAAGGAACAAAAUAAACUUCUAGAGAUGAGAAAUAUACUACCUAAAGUGAUAAAUAUACUAGAUGGGAUUAACAUUCAGAUAAGAUAAAGCAGAAGAAAUUAUCACUGAACCUGAAGACAUUGCCAUAGAAAUGAUCAAAAAUAAAAGAGAAAAAGCUAAACGAACAAAACAUCAGUGGCCUGUAUGAUCAUACUGAUGGUCUAAUAUAUCUGUACUUAAAGUCCCAGAAGGAGAUAAAAAAUGUUGAAAAAAAUAAGGUCUGAAACUUUUCCCAAUUUAAUUAAAAUUAUCGGGGCGCCUGGGUGGCUCAGUUGGUUAAGCGCCCAACUUCAGCUCAGGUCAUGAUCUCGCAGUUCGUGAGUUUGAGCCCUGCAUCGGGCUCUGUGCUGACAGCUCAGAGCCUAGAGCCUUCUUUGGAUCUGUGUCUCUCUGUCUCUGCCUCCUCCCUGCUCAUGCUCUGUGUCUCCCUCUCAAAAAUAAGUAAAUUAAAAAAAUAUAUAAACUCACAAAUUCAAAAAGCUUAGGAAACUCAUAAUAGAAGACACAAGAAGAAAAUUGCAUCAAGGCGCAUUAUCAUCAAAUUGCUGAAAUAUAAUGGUACAGAGAAAACCUUAAAAGCAGUCGGGGAAAGAGAAGACAUAUGAUGCAAAAGAAAUAAAAUUAAGAUGACAGCAGUCUUCUCUUCAGAAAUCGUGCAAGCCAAAAGACAAUGGAACAACAUCUUUACAGUACUGAGGGAAAAACUAUCUCAACUUAGAAUUCUAUACUCAGCAAAAACGUAUGUUCAAACUGAAGGCAAAAUGCUUUUUCAGACAAACAAAAAGCCAAGAGAAUAUGUCACCAGCAGAACUGAGAUACAAGAAUUAUUAAAGGAUUUAAGAAUAAUAAUAGUUAUUCAAGAAAAAUGAUAGCAAAUAGAAAUUUAGAUCUACUGAAAGGAAAUGAACAGCACCAGAAAUGGUAUGUUGGUAAAUGUAUGAUAAUGAGUAAAUAUAGAAGAAAGGCUUCCUCAUUUAAAAAUUCUCUUUAAAAUAUAUAAUUGACUAUUUAAAAUAAAUAUAGUAUCAAUGUUUGUGGGUUUAAAACACAUGAAAAUAUUUAGCAACUAGAGCACAAAGGAUGAGUGGAUGGAGAAGAGUAUAUUGUGAUAUCCUUUAAGCCAUGUGUAAUAUUAUUUGAAAGUAAAUUGUAAUAUGCUAAAUAAAGAUAUAUAUUUUAAUAUUUUUUAAGUUUUUAAAUUUACUUUGAGAAAGACAGAAAGCACAUGAGCAUGGGAGGGGCAGAGAGAGAGGGAGAGAGAAUCCCAAGCAGGCUCCACACUGUCAGCACAAAGUCCCACAUGGUGCUCGAUCCCACAAACUGACCAUGACCUGAGCUGAAAUCAAGAGUCAGAUGCUUAACCGACUGAGCCACCCGGGCACCCCAAAGACAUAUAUUUUACACCCUAGAGAAAGCACUAUAAAAAUAAAGUGGUAUAGCUAAUAAACCAAUAGUGGAGAUAAAAUGGAAUCAUGUUUUGUAAUCAAUCCAAAAGAAGGGAAAAAAAACACAUGAACAAUUAGAAAACAAAUAGCAACAGGGUUAGAUGUAACCCUGCUAUAUGACAAUCAUACUUACAUACUCACAUAAAUGUAAAUGUGACAAAAAUAUAUAGCCAUGCAUAAGACAGAACAAGAAAAGUGUUUUUAAAAAGGUAUACAAUGCUGUGAGGAUCCAGAAGACAGAUUAUAGCUUCGUAAAAGAAAUCUACAUCCUAAAGAAGUAACCCUUAGUCCUUGCACAGACACAUAUUAGAGGUGAAGGAGGUAACACCAUGGGUGAUAUUUCUGAGAGAGAAGACACACACACACACACACACACACACACACACACACACACAAACACACACACACCUCUGCUAGGUGUAUUAAGGAAAUAGUGAGUCAUUAACUUUAUCUGGAAUUCAGUUUCCCUUACCUUAUAUUUGGAGCAACAAUGGGAGAUAAGAUUGGAAAGGUAGAUUGAAGGCAUAUUUGGGAGGACUUAAAAUGUGGAACUGGGUAUUUGUAAUUCAAGAGGCAUUAUUAAUGUAAAGAUAGUAGCUUUGCUUUACCAUAGUUAGUGGUACCCGAGGGAAUGUACAUCAGCCAACUGCCCAACCUUUUCACAUAUAACUUUAUCAUUUAUAAUGAUUACAUGGCAUUUAAUUAUAUGGAUAUACCAACAUUUAUUUAUCCAUUUCCCUAUUAUUGGACCUAUAAGCCAUUUCUAAUAUUCUGCAGUUGUAAUAACUUUAUAAUGACCUUCUUUUGCUAAUUUUUUUCUGAUUCACAUUACUUUCAUAGGUUAGAAACUUAGAUAUUGAACUACUUUAGUAAGAUAUAAAACAAUUUGGGAUGCUUGGGUGCCUCAGUCUGUUGAGCGUCCGACUCUUGGUUUCUGCUCAGGUCAUGAUUUCAUGGUUUGGGAGUUGGAGCCCCAUGUCAGGCUCUGUGCUGACAGUGAGGAGCCUGCUUGGGAUUCUCUCUCUGCUCCUCACCUGCUCUCUCUCUCGCUCUCUCUCAAAAAUAAAUAAUGAAUAAACAUUAAAAAACAAUUUUAGAUUGCUCAUACAUAUUUUAAGGUUAAUUUGCUCAAGCGUUUGCACAAAUUUACAGUUCUACUUGAGUUUUUAAAUUUAGUAGUCUGUAUAGAUUUUAAUUCCCUGUCCCUCCACCCCUUGUCCAAGCACCCUAUAGGUGCUGCUAAGCCUCUGAUAAAUAUUACUCCAUGAAAGAGUACUCCUUUAAAAAAAUACUCUCAAUAAAAGAACUUUAAUAAGCUUGACUAAAUAUUUAGAAAGCAUAUUGUGUUGAGUGAAACUUUGUAUCUAAUACAUAAUGAGAGUAAUAGAAAAUCAUAUUGGGUGACUAGUCUGUAAUUAUCCAAGGAACACAUACAAUGAAUCAAGUUCUUUUGGUUACUUCAUUAAACAGCCAACACAAUGGGGAAAGUGGAGGAAAUGUCCCAUAAACACUAUGAAAAGGGAACCAGAAAACCCAGUAUGUAAUCUUGGAGUAAUGACAGCAUCGGAAAACAAAACCAACAAAAGAGAACACCUUCCAGAACAAUCUGAGCUGCAUGAAAGGCAAACAUUCACUAAAGUUGGAGCUUUCCUAAGUCUGCCCAGAGAUAAGUGGCAUAUUUGACCUUCACCAUGAUUAACAAGCAUUUCUUUGAAAUUGUGUCGGUGCUGUUGGCCUCUUCUACUAUCUUCUCCCUAGAGUUGAAACUGGCUCUCUUCCAACAAAGAGUAAACAGAGAGAGUUUAAAACUCUUGAGUACAUUGCAAAGCUCAUCAAUUCAGCAGUGUCUGCCACACAGGAAAAACUUCCUGCUUCCCCAGCGGUCUGUGAAUCCUCGCCAGUACCAGAAAGGACAAGCACUGGCCAUUCUUCACGAGAUGCUUCAGCAGAUCUUCAACCUCUUCAGGGCAAAUACUUCUCCAGGUGGGUGGGAGGAAAGCCACGUGGAGAAGUUCCUCACUGAGCUUCAUCAGCAGCUGGAAUACCUAGAAACACUCACAGGCCUGGAAGCAGAGCAGGACAGCAGCAUCUUGGGGAGUGAGAACGUUAGGUUACCAAUUAAAAUGUACUUCCAAAGGAUCCACGAUUACCUGGAAAGCCAAGAGUACAGCAGCUGUGCCUGGACCAUUGUUCGAGGAGAAAUCAACCGGUGUCUCUUCUUUGCACUCCAGCUGAUAAGAAAGACAAGCAAACGAGGAAUGCAUUCCUCGAAGAAUGUGGAGCAUGAGCCGAGGGCAGACUUUAGAAGCAUAGGGUAGGUGGAGGGGCGGGAGGACUGUUCCAGAGACUAUUAUUUCUUCUUGUCAUUAAUUGCUUUGGUUUCGUGUGUGUAGAUAUAUGUAUAUUUACCUGUCCUUUAAGAUUAUGCGUAGUGACUACAAUGGUCUUUGUUGUGUAAUGUCACUUUGUAUUUUCCAUUCAUCUUAAAUUUUCAUGAGAUAAAAUAGAUUCAUCAGUAUUUCAUACUUGGUUCUUCAAAUGGGUUUAUUUCCCUCAAAGUAAAUGAGGUAUGUCUCCACUGCACUAAUUUCUUAACUUAACACAUCCAUUCCAAUGAUCUCUUUGCCAGAAAUUGGUAGAAACAUUAAGAAGUACAAGGAAUAAUGUGCAUUGUCAGACUUGAAAAUGUCAAUACACACUGAAUAUCUGUUACAGGUGACACAAUAGAAAUAUGGCCAAAGGUCACGAACAGCAGAUUGCAGAGGGAAAACAAAUGCAUGAAAACGGGUUCAACCUCACUUAUAAUGAUAAAAAAUACAAAUUAAAAGUGAACAGCAUGCCAUUCAUAACAGCUGAAGGCUCACACUUUUGUGGAGAUUUUGGAGAGGGAUGCUCCUAUAAUUUGCCAGAGCGCUGGAAAUUGGUAGGAUCACUGUAGAGGCAAUAUAUUGAUAUCUGUUAAAAUUACCAUCUUUGAUCCAUAAAUUUGAAAUUGAUCUUAUAAAAAUGCUUGCAUAAGUGUCUGAUGGCGUGCAUACAAUACUGUUCACUGCAGCAUUAUUUAUAAUAUCAAAAGACAGGAAACCACUCAAAUUCUUUUAGUUUGAGACAGUUGAAGUAUAGUCACACAAAGGAACACCACCUGGCUGGACAACAGAGUGAGGAUGCUCUUCCUAUACUGAAAGAAAAGAGUAAAAAAAUAGGCAAGAUGAAGAACAGUGUGUAUAAAGUGCUGUAUUUGACAUUAAAAUGUAAAACAAGGGGCGCCUGGGUGGCUCACUCGGUUAGGCGUCCAAUUUGGCUCAGGUCAUGAUCUUGCGGUUGGUGAGUUCGAGCCCCACGUCGGGCUCUGUGCUGACAGCUCGGAGCCUGGAGCCUGCUUCGGAUUCUGUGUCUCCCUCUCUGUCUGCCUCUCCC